AUGGCAGCGUCAACAAGCUCCCAGGCAAUCAGUCGAAGCGAGUUCAUCAAGAACAAUCCUCUGAAGAUUCACAGUCUCAUAAAAAGUUUUGCCUGGACGAGAAUAGCACCCGAAGCCGCUCAUACCAGGCCGUCUCACCAUCUUCAACCUCCCCGGCGAGCUGCGCGAUCUCAUCUUCUCCUACACAUUUGGCCAGAUGUCGUGCUACAUUCCACUCGACCCUUUCUACCGCAAUCACCGCUCUCCUUACACCGAAAUCCUACUAUCGUCCGCAAAAGUCUACACGAAGCGCGCAGCUACAUCAAGAAGACGCAAGUCGUGUAUGUACCCGUGAUGAUGGGCAUGAACUGGAGCUACGGCGAGCCUACAAACGAGUACCCCUACCAGCGCGCCACAAAAGAUACCAUGGCCCUUGCCCUCACCGAAAACACAAACACUCACUUCCACUUGCACGUGGAUGUCCUGCGAACAUCAGACUACAACCUGGACGCGCUCCUGGCCUCACUCACGCAGGCUAUUGAAGUCUUUUGCGCACACUCCUGGAAUGGAAUCUGCACAUCAAACACGAGCUCUGUGAACGCCGUGCCGUCACGGACUGGGAGCUUCGCUACUAUGUCCCGACGGGGCAGGCAGGCGUUUGGCGAUGAGCUCCAGUGUGUUUCGCGACAUAGGAGACCAGGGACCGAACUGUGGCCCAAUGUGCACUUCGACCCGGCGGCACACCACGCUGCCAAUCGCAAGGAGUACAUAAGCAGACAAAUUCCGAGCAGGGCGAACCAUAAGCGUGCUAUGAGAUUCCUGAAGAAUCAAGAGAAGAAGUAUGGAGUCCGUCGCGAAAAGACGCCUGAGGACCAGGAAGAGGAUCGCUUGUGUCCUGGGAAGAUGCUGCUUGGCUAG